CUCCUGUGGUUGUAAGCGGAGUUUGAUCGCGCUCCCAGGCGCCUUGUCCGACGGUCCACCAACUGCCCUUUUCCCACGCCGACAAGGCAGCCGCUGUGGAGACUAGCUCAGUUCGUUCUCGAAGAAGUCUUUCCAGGCUAGACUCGUCACUAUUCUGCCUACCUGCGCAUUCACAAUGAAGUGCUUCCAGACACCUUGUCCGACGAACCACCGCUCUUUUCCUACGCCAAGGCGGCUGGCGUCGACACUACCAUACGAGUUACGCAUAUAUUAAAUAUCCUCAAAUACGAAAUGAUACACCACAUUCGCAAGCAAACGUGCUUUGUUCUCCUAUCCCAAGUUCUCGGGGCACAAGACCUGCCUCUGCGAUCGCGCCUAGCACGGGAGAAGAGUGAAAAAAAAUGUCGAUCAGAACGGCAGAGAUCAUUUGAUGUUGCCAAGCUUGUUGGUUUUCAGGGCUCGGUGAACGCCAGUUCUGGUUGUGCGGCUGAUUCUUUGUCCAGCGCCCUACCCAGUGAAGCUUUCAUUCCCUGCAGAUCUGGUGCCAAAGACCCUGACGAGUUCCUUCGAGUUGUUGCAUCAAGAACUUCAUCGGUUUUAAUGCGAUUGCCGACAUGCGGCGUUGUGAUUGCUUUACGGUUGAUCAGGUUCGAUUGUUUUUGGGGUGGAGAGAGCAUAUAUGUGACUGGUUGGAUGACAAGGGCUCCAACGAAUUCACAUGACGUCGAUGGCGUUCCCGCUUCGGCGAGAGAGCCCACGGUAUUUGUGAUUGACAAAGGAAACGCCACAGCUCAUGAAUACAUGAAUGAAUGGCGUCUACCGAUUAACAGGAGCUGCUUGCCGAGAAGAGAGAAGCUAACUGGAACGCGUCUGAUACAAGCAGAAGUACAUAUUGGACGAAUUGCUCCCCCCUGACCGUGCGCGAAUAGAUGCGGCGUCAGGCACGAAGAAAGAGGUUGUGAACCUUGUGAACGAGGGGCCAAUCCGACCACAUGGUUUUGGAAUGACACAUGAGAACCACUUGGCUGGAUCAGGUUCUUGCGAACGAGAAAGUGGUGAUGCCUGUAGCACUUUGAGCUUAGGGGAUGUUGGCCUAUACCAUGAUGGGAGCGAGCUUAUCUAUUUGCCACGGACGCGCCGCCGGAUGAGGAGUGGUAAGGGGAGACACGGUCCGCACGGAAAUAAG